CACCGUUGCAAUCGGCAGUCGUGCUCUGGUCGUGCUGGUGAGUUCGCGCACCGCAGUCGGCGCCCAACAACACGGAGUCAGCCGGAGCGCUGCACGCGGGCUGCGACGUCGAACGCGAAAUUGAGGUCAGGCUCCUGAGGAGGCGAAGCAGCUGCGGCAGUCAGCGAGGCGCCACGCCGGCAGCGACAGACGCCCACGCCCCCCGCCCCUGGCCGAGAAGUAGCCUCAGCCCGGCCCACCGCUCCGGUCCACGCUCAACAUGCAGGCGAGAAAAGUGCGCCCCCUGCUGGUGCUGUCGGUGGUGCUGGCAGCGUUGCUGGUGGUGGCCACCGCCCUGGCCAUCUACUUCGGCCUGCGCAAAGACGCCUCUUCGGCAGGCUUCCAGACUGUCGCGCCCUCAGAGUCCGUGGAGGGCGCCUACUGGCAGAACAAUUAUAUUUAG